GUGAGAGCUCGCGGGAGGACGUGGUGGCAAACAUCGGCCUCUUCCUGCACCCAUCCAACGUCUACAAGGUGCUGAUCAUCAGCUAUGAGACCUUCCGCCUGCACGCGGAGCGCUUCCAGGUGCCUCAUGCAUGCGACCUGCUGAUGUGCGAUGAGGCCCACCGGCUCAAGAAUGAUGCGACACUCACCAACCGGGCCCUGGACAACCUGCCCUGCAAGCGCCGAGUGCUGCUGUCAGGCACCCCCAUGCAAAACCACCUCGACGAGUUCUUCGCCAUGGUCGACUUUUGUAACCCCGGAGUGCUGGGGCCGCCCGCGCAGUUCCGCCGCUACUAUGAACAGCCCAUCCUGGC